GACUUUGCCUUUAACAGAUAUGUGUAAGCUUGUUGGGCUUGAAAUAGCCAGUGGAGGCAUGAAACAAUUAUGGAAGGGACGAAAGAUUCUACCGAACUUGAAAUUUAUCCACCUCGAAGGCAUGGACAAGCUCACAUCAUUUCCAGAUGUCUCUGAGUCUCCGAAUAUCGAGAGGUUAAUUUUGUCAGGUUGUAGGAGUUUAGUGGAGGUUCAUGAGUCUCUUGGAUCUCAUAGACGGCUGGUCUACCUGGACAUGAAUGGUUGCAGUCAGCUCAAGUGUCUACCAUCCAGGCUUGAAAUGGAAUCCUUGGAAACUCUAAUUCUCUAUCAUUGCAAGAGUCUUGAAAGAUUCCCAGAAGUCUCCCCAUGCAUGGUUAAACUAUCACAAUUAGAUCUUUCUUUUUGCCCUACAAUAAAGGAACUUCCAUCAUCAAUCAUAAAUUUGUCUAGCCUAAGCUUCUUGAAUCUCGAAUACUGUUCAAAUCUUGAGAACAUACCAAACUCUAUAUGUGAGUUAAAGUAUCUUAAAUGCCUUCACCUUCACAACUGCAAGAAACUGAGAAGUUUUCCAAAGGAGCUUGGAAGCAUGAAAAUGUUAGAAGAGCUUUGGCUAGGAUUUAGACAAAUUGAAGAGAAAAGUUUCCCCCAAAAUCUUGAUGCAUUGUCCUCCUUGGAAGAAUUAUAUUUAAGUGGCAACUCUCAGUUAGUCGAGUUACCUUCAAGCAUCUGCCAUCUUUCUCGUCUUAAAUGCCUAGAAGUGAAUGAAUGCUCCCGACUUCAACGACUAUGUGGGCUUCCAUCAAGCAUACAAGUAAUGAAAGCAAAUAAUUGUAUCUCACUGGAAAAGAUUGGAGAUCUAUCAAAAGAGUGCGACUGGUUGUAUAAAGAUAUGGCUGAGUUAUAA